AUGAGGCCAUACAAUAUCAAUGGGUCGGCGGCGGUCUGGCUGGCCAUGCUGGCUGGCCGCGCUGCCGCCGCGUGCUCGUCGAAUCUUGUGAUUGACAACUUUAGCAACUCGAAUACCAACAACCUGGGCUGGUGGAGAGGAGACGACGGCUCGAUGACGUCGCUCUCCAUCUCCAAUGGCAAGGUCACCUUCAAGCCCAAGAGCGGCUCGUACUUCUACGAGUCCUUCGACUGCCAGGCCGCGUCGUCCAACGGCUACACCGGCGUGCAGUUCACCAUCCAGGGCCCGGCCGGCGGCGGCGUCGCCGUCGAGCUGCAGUACAAGAGCCAGUGCGACGGCAACCGCAACAACUACCAGAGCGCCUGGUACUGGGUGUCGGGUCUGACUGGCCAGACCCAGACGAUUACCAUCCCGUGGAGCAGCUGGAGCGGCGCCAACGGCAACGCCAUCGUCGGCCUGGUCUGGUCCGGCUUCUCGUCGACCAGCUCCUCCUGGAGUCUUGACGACAUUGCCCUGGCCUGCAGCAGCGGUGGCGGUGGCUCGACCCCGAUCCCGACUACGCUGUCGACCUCGACCAGAACGUCGACGACCUCUAGCACUCGCACCUCGACUUCUACGACUCGGACUAGCACCUCGACCACUCAGAUCAGCACUUCGUCCUCCGCUGCGCCCACUGGGACUUGCUCGCACCUUGUGGUCGACGACUGGACAUCGCAGUCUCGGCUGACCUUCCUCGGCUACAAUGCUCUGGGCGCCAGCUCCAGCGACGACGGCACCAUGAACUCGGUGACCGUCUCCAACAACCGGCUGACCCUGGUGCCAAAGAACACGGCGUCGUACUUCUACAGCCAGUUCAACUGCGUCAGCGCGACGAACGUGUACGGCGGUCUCGUCUUCCGCGUGCGCGCUAACGCCGGGUCGUCGUUCUCGAUUACCCUGAAGAGCUUCAGCAACACCUGCGGCGGCUCCUUGAGGCAGGUGACUCGCACCACUACUCAACUGGGCUGGACCUUCGACGGCACCGAGAAGGUCUACUCCUUCCCAUGGUCGGCCUUCCCCAACAUCGACACGGCCCGUCUCAAUGAGAUCUACAUCUCGGGCCUGUCCAGCUCCAUCCGCCUCGGCCCGAUCGCCUUCUACUGCGGCAACACGCCGACCGAGUAUACGGUUCCGUCGCCGUCAACCACCUAUACCGACAUCACGGUGACGACCACCUCCUACCCGACCCCGACCGCCAGCAGCCUGGUCAUCGACGAGUUCACCAACGCCAACACCAACUCCCUGGGCCAAUGGCACGGUGCGGACGACGGCAUGGCCCUGACCUUCGGCAACCGCCAGCUGCGCAUCCAAACCAACUCGUCCGACCUCUCCUUCUACACAACCUUCACCACGACCUGCCUCGACCUGACCUCCUGGCGCGGCGGCUACCUGCACAUCGCCUACUCUGGCAACACCAAGUUCUCCGUCGCCCUCCAGCAGCACAAUUCUGCCUGCGACAGCUCCAUUGCUCCUUUCCCCGAGACAUGGGACAGCGUUGAGGCUGAGCGGUAUGCGAAGAAUGGGCAUAUUUACAUCCCCCUCAACCACUUCGACAUCAACUUCCAGCGCGUCAUCGCCGUUGCCCUGAAGGGCUUCUACACCGCGGACCCCGUGACCCUUACCAAGAUCGAGUUCGUCCGCAACCUCCCCAGCAACUGGGGCUCCGUCGCCCCCAAACUCGCCUCCGGCCGUUACGUGUUUGCCUGCACGCGCCCUAACUCCUUCGCCUUCGCCAUCGACGACGGUGAUCCGGUCUUCACCAAGCGCGUCAUGGAUAUCAUCAACGACGCCGGCAUCACCGUCACUUUCUUCACCGUCGGCCUGCCCCUCCUCGACUAUAGCAAUGGUCUUGCGGCGCAGUACGCGGCCAUGGCGGCUAAGGGCCACCAGAUCGCCCUGCACAGCUUCACCCACCCCCCGAUGGAAGGAUUGCCUUCUACCGCGGCCAUCGACUGGGAGUACGUCAACAUGAUUGGUGCCGUCCGCCAGGCCUUCAACAACACCGUCCCCAUCACUCCUUACUUCCGUCCUCCCUUCGGCACGGAGGGUGCGCGCAUGCGCCAGCGUCUGGCUGCCGUCCUCCAGGAGCCGGAGCCGUACCUCGUCGGAUGGAGCGUGGAUGUGGAGGAUUGGUUGUGGGCGUGGAGCAGUACCCCCGAGAAGCAGCUGGAGGCGUUCCAGCGGGAUUUCGCGAAGGGCGGGAAUCUGCUGGUGAUGCAUUACCUGCAUGAGAGUACCGUAAACAUUUUGCCUCAGAUGAUUAACAUUGUGAAGGCGAGCGGGAAGCAGAUUAUGCGGGUGGAUCAGUGCUUGCAGGAUCCGGCGGCGCCUCCGCUUUAA